UGACAUAUCCGCAUUGAGAAGUGCAUCCCUGUAGUGUGGCACCAAGUGCAAUGUCCCGUCCUGUUGGGGGUUCUUGGAGGGGAUUGGGGGUUGGAGCUCGAUCAAUACUGGGGAGCCGCCCCAUUCUGCCGUUAGUUGUAGACCACCCUCCAAACAGAGAAGACACAGAGACCUCGUGCUACUGUUUUACCUAGUGGCUGACUUAUUUCCAAGCAGGGAGAAGAAGAAACUUGACAGCAGGAGUUUCGUUCGAGUUGUUUUUGGAUGUGAUCGAUGUGCAGGACGAAGAUAUUUGGUGCAGGGUUAUUUGGAGAAGACCAGUUUUGACAAUCACCGAACCUAACCUAUAUACAAAGACCAAAACCGCUCCACGUCUGGAUCGAGACCUCACAAGAGAGAAGAAAAACUUCAUCCCCUCCGGAAAAUUCGUGGAAGUUAUACGGAGAGGAAAUUGACAAUUAUGCCCUGCCACCAAAUUUAAAUUAGCCUGGAACCAAUUCAUCGGUACCUCUGGCCGAAUCGAUAAGGGGCUGACGAUGUGAUUUUCCUGACCUUCUGCCCCCGCGAAGCCCAAGGAGAAGAAAAACACACACACUAAGAUGCACGGCUCAGCUGGACUCCACUCGGCCAUGGCCAUCAAGAGGCAGAGGAGGAUUCGAGAACAGGCCAAGAAGAGGGAGAGGGAGAGAAGGCUCUCGUCCCGCACCAGCAGCAUAGACAGCAUAGACCACCCGCCCUCCAAGAAGGUAUCCUCCAGGGCUCCACCUUCAGAUCCCACCUUGGCCUCCGGCAUCGGCAUGCUCCACAUCGGCGUCUGCUUCAUUGUGUUCGGCCUCUUCCUCGUAGGUUCCGGCCUGCUGCCGGACGACAUGAUGUCCUGGACCACCGGAGGCUAUUGGAACGAGCUGGUGGCCACAGGUAUCUUCGUCAUAUGUAUAGGGAUUUUUCUUUUGAUUCUAAACCUGAUAGUCAGUAAGAAGGAGGAGGAAGACCUCAACGAUUACGUCCAAAGACAGCUGACGAGGUCGCGUAGCGGUCAUCGUCUAGAGCGAGACGUAGAAACCGGUUGUCUCACCACCAAGAACUACCGGAAAGCGAUGGAGAAGAAGCGCGAGGACAGGGAGAGAGGUGUCGACCUAACCCCUGUCCAUUCGCCUCACAACAAGAGCGCUCCUCCGCAUAAUCAGCACGUGCAGAACGGUGAGGCUCAUUUAGAGAAGAUCCUAGAGGAAGACGUGUUCGAGAGGGAAGACGUGAGACAUACGGAUCUCAGAGAAACGAUAUCGAACACUACCACGGCCAGUCUGAGCCCGGGGUCGCCUUCAGAAACUAGGGAGUUGAUAAUAAACGGCAGGCAGUUCAGUUUUAAUUCCAGGCAGUAUUAGUGUGUAAUACCCUUAGCACAAUUUUCUCAGCUCAACUUGUUCUAUAUUUUCUGAUAUACGCAGUCAAAGCGUGCGCAGUAUCGGGCUUUACGCUUAAAACAUGAACGUUUGGUUCACAUUUGAUAGUUAAAAUAAUCGUGUACAAGUAUAAUUUCCAUAGGCCUGUUUGUUCAUUCGUUCAACUUUCAGGUUUAAUCAGCUCUAUUGGUGUAUUUUCAUUGAAAUUAUUAUUCAACACGGUAAAAUACCAGAAAUUGUCGCGUAAGAAGUAAAGCAUUAAUAGUCUCAAAUUUUUCGUACAAAAAAGUAACUAGCAUUUUUCUUCAUGAAAAUUUCUUGAUACAUUGGUCCCAGAGGGGCGAAGUUUCAGAGGAAAAAUCCUGAAGAGUUGUUGGUGCCUUUUGUGAACAGCUGCUUUGGGAGUAUGAUAUCAUUUCGCAUUAGCAUAACUUCCACUUUAUACACUUGGCACUGGUCUUGAAUUCAGGUGAAAGAAAAUUUAUUGCCUUCUAGGAAACACAGUGUUACCUCAGCAUUUCACCUUACUUUGAAUAAUUAGCCUUUGGGUAAAUAAUGAUUUGAAUAAAUGAUUAAGGUAUUGUUGUAGCACGAAUCAACCAUGUAAUUUAUGCGGGAUACAUGCGUGCAAAUGUCAUCAGAAACGAGCAAAUAACAUAUAAGUUCAAGAAUUUUUUCAUUCGAAAAUAUAUAUUGAUGUUGUUACGCUCAUUGAAGAAGAAGUUCUUCUUCGGCAGCUAUUCUUUCCAAAAGAAACAGGAACCUUCGACACUACAUUCUUCUACAAGCUUAGUUAGUUAGUUUAGGUAAAAAAUGAUGUCAUAAAACGUUUUCUAGCAUCGUUGCCAGACUGUAGAUUACUUGUCAAAGUAUUAUCAUACUUCAAAUUUUUUUCAAUUUGUGGUGGAUUUUGAAAAACGGUGGAAUUUACAUGACAAACCAAGUCAAUUUUGAAAAGAUGAAAUAUAAACGUCUAUAAUUCGAUUCACAAUCAGAAUGACACAUCGUCAACACCGUGAAUAUCCCCAGAUUUGUGAAGAUUUCAUGCAAUAACAAGAAGUUUUUGGUAAAUAUCAAAAUCUUACUAGGUAUACGUCAUUUCAUACCUAAAGUUCCUAUAGCUAAAAGCAGUUUUUUUCCAAGGAUUCUCAAUAUGCUUCAGAAGUAUAUUGCCUCAAUUAGACGGGGACGAAUUUUGUUCAUUAAACCAUUCACUUUACGUUCAAAUCCUUAAUUUUAUUCAACUCUACAUAAAAAGUACCUAGACUGAAGGAGAUAAUUUCAUUUCAAUAAAAAAAAAAUUUAAUUCGAACUAAUGCGUGUCAAAGCGUUAAUUAUAAUUGACACUAAUUACACUGCGGAUUUUCUGUUUAAUUCUCACAUACGCCUUUCAUGAAGCAUUAAAGGAAAACGCUGUGUUGGGGUAAACGCCAAGCCUGAUUAAAAUCAUUCAUGCCCUAACCCUUCAUUCAGAAGAGACUUUAUGAAAAAGCACUUAUACGAACGUAGCGUGAGUUAAAUGUUUCACAAUAUUAAUCAACUCAUCCUCUAUUUGCAUAAUUCUGGAAUAACAUCGAUUGCGCACACGCUAAACGAAAUAUGAGCAGCACACUAUAUCAGAGCCGUCGUUAGCCUAACUGGCGCCCUAGCAGGGACCUAAUUUUUCACCCUGAAAGUAGUCCACACUGCAGAAUGCGAAAAAUUACCUAAUAUUGGGUAAUUGGGGAAACAUUAAUUGAGAAAAAAGGCAGGAAUUUCGAAAAUAAAUGAAUUUCAUGAUUGGUUAGGUUAGGUUAGGUUAUGAUUGGUAAGAAAAAAUUAACCUUCGUCUUUUGAUCAUUAGAAUGCUUGAUUUUUGCUGACCUAUGGAAAUUAUACAAAUACGAAAAACAUUCAUUGAAUUCAAUUCAACAUAUCUCGAAUACUAGGUUCAAGAAAAUCUGUUCCUUACUCUUCGCAGGUUUACAAUCAUUAGGUAAGAUUGUAGUGAAAUUUCUCUAUAUUUUCGAGUUAUAUUAGACUCUUUCCGGUAUGUAACCGUAGAUUUUGGGCCAAGGGCUUUCAAACUGCUUUGACUGCAUUCUUCGUGAAUUCUAAAAAAAAAUAAUAUCUAUUUUCAUUCCAUAUAGAAACCAACGAAAAAGAGCUGCCAAAAGUUCAGGCAAUGUGCCAUUUCUAUAUAUGAUAAGAUCAGUCACCAAAUUACCUAAUUCCAAUCAAAAUCAAAAUUUAGAUGUUGAAUUCUUUUUUUAUGUGUUAAGAGUGCCAGUUGGCUCCAUAUUGAAAAAUUACUUUUGAUAGCUUCUUCUAGAAUGCACUACUCCAAAUGCACUGUGAUCUUAAUAUAAUCAACAAUUUUUGUAUGUAUAUUCGAUCAAACCUAGCUGAUCGUAAUAUUUCAUAGUUUAUACGGAAAAUUGAAAGGUUUGAUGUCCAUUUUUAUUGUUGUUAUAUCAAGAAGAAGGGCACAGAUGAUAUUUUAGAUGUGGAAUCAUCAAAAAACGAAAAAAAAUCUUUCGUUUUUCGACUUUUCUACUAACUUCUUCUCGAUUUUUUUGAUCUAUAGCUAUUUCUAUAUAAAUUCGAUCUUCACUUUAGUUAUGUGAUAGAAAAGAAGACGAUCGUCAAUUCUUUCCUAUGAAAAAGUACUAUUUAGCAUAACAAGGUAAUGCAGAUUGAACACAACUUGAUUCGAUUCAUUUUAUGCACUGUAUUUUGUAUUGUUGAUAGUUCUUGAUUUCUUGAAGAUUAGACGAAACAGCAUUUAAAAUUUCACUCAUCAUAAAAUGAUCUGCAUUGAACUAAUCAAUUUUAUGUGUUUUAUGUACCUUUACCAGAAUUUUGGUGUUGUCGAAGGAAAUAAUUGAUGUAAUCAUGUGAUUUUUAUGAAGGCUGAUUUUGAUGAGGAGUGCAAUAAAUUAUAAUUUUCGCACAAAUGAGAAGCUACCGAUAUGUUCUAACAUGAUUAUUACCAAUAUUUAAAAUACUUUACACUUGGACGUUGUUUUAUAAUAAUGUUUUUUCUUGUUCUACCAUUCUGAAUGUUUGAUGUUGAAAAGCAAAAUGAAUAAUGUUGAAUGUUGUGACCUGGAGUUCUCCAUUUAUUGUAAUUUAUUAUAAUUUUAUUAUAUUUUUUCAACUAGCGUUCUAUAACAUCAUAAACUUGUUUGAAAUAUAAACUGAUAUCCUGCUAUCUUUUAUCAGAUUUUAUAUCGAUUAUGUUGAAGUUUGUUAUCGUUUCAGCUCAGACUGUUUUUCUCAAUUCCCGCAACCAAAACAAAUGUGUAAAACUCCAGAAAUCUGGAUCAUCCCUCCUGUAAUACAUUGAAACGUUCUUGGUGUUCACCUGAUACUUAUAGAAUAUAACCAAUUCAAAUAUCACGUUAAGGGAACAUAAAAUUUGAUAUUUAUAAACUAUAUAUUAUACGUAGAUGUGCUAACUGUACAUGAAGUUAGUAUCUGAUGAAAUAUUCUUUAGCUUCAAGGAACAAGUAUGAUAUAUAUGAUAAGCAUUCAUAUUAUAAUCGAGAAAAAUUGUGAUAUUUGUUUUUGAAUAUUCAGUAGCUUCUUUGGCAAUCUAAAUGUUUUCUUACUUUUGUAUAUAUCUAUUGCAGAGUUUCAAUAAAGUCUAUCUAAAUGA